AUGACUUCAAACAAAUUUUAUGGGGAAACUUCCAUAAAUAGACCACCACCUUUCAAUGGUGAAUGGUAUGGUUAUUGGAAGGAAAGAAUGAAAAUUUUUAUUCAAGGUAUAGACCUUGAUAUAUGGGACGCUGUGGAAAAUGGUCCAUUUAUUCCCACCCAUUUAGUUAAUAAUGUAGUGGUGAAUAAACCAAGAAAUCUUUGGACCAAAAUUGAAAAAGAAAAGGUACAAUACAAUUUGAAAGCAAAGUAUAUCAUCACAAGUGCUUUAAGCGUUGAUGAAUUCUAUCGAGUAUCAAAUUGUAUAACCGCCAAAGAAAUGUGGGACACCCUUCAAUUGACCCAUGAAGGAACUACCGAGGUCAAGAGGGCUAGGAUGAACACAUUGACUCAUGAGUAUGAAUUAUUUAGGAUGCAAUCAGGAGAAAGCAUACAACAUAUGCAAAAACGAUUCAUUCGUAUAAUAAAUCAUCUUAGAGAGCUUGGAAAAUACUUCGAAAAUGAAGAUUUAAUUAACAAAGUACUUGGAUGCUUAAAUCGAUGUUGGCAACCCAAAGUGACCGCUAUUUUGGAAUCUAAUAAUUUAUCGUCUAUGAAUUUGGCUAUUUUAUUUGGUAAAUUGCAGGAACACGAGCUCGAAUUAAAUCGACUCUUUGAGAGUGAAGAAGGUGAAAACCAAAAUAAAAGACUUGCCUUCAAAGCAAAUAUAGAAGAAAAUAGAGAAGACAUGGAGCCAAUAGUUAUUAUGCCCAAAGAGUCAAUGAAGCAUAAAUGCAAAGAAAAAGAAACCUCAAGCUCUCGUACGAAAAGAAGGAAAUCAUACAUUGCUUGGGAUGAUUAUGAUAUGACCUCAUCCGAUGAAUCUGAAAUUGAGGAAGCAAACCUAUGUCUCAUGGCUCAUCAAGAAGAAGAGGUAAAUUCUUUUGAAUCUGAGCCUAACUUUACUUAUGAUGAGUUGCUCUUUAUUUGUGAAGAAUUAAAUAAGGAGUCUAGUAAGUUUAAAAAAAUUGUUUCUACUUCUAAGAAAACUAUUUUCACUGUUGAAUCAAAAAUUAAUGUUUUAACUAAGGAAAUAGAGGAUCUUAAGGAGAAACAAGUUUCUCUAAGUGAGGUAUCUACUUACACCCCUUGUGAAAACAAGAAAGAAAAUAUUGAAUGUAAUGAAUGCAUUAUCUUGAAAGAUAAAGUUGAAGAUUUGAAUAAUGUUCUUGCAAAAUUCACAAUGGGUAGAGACAAAUUAAACAUCAUUUUGGGUAAUCAAAAGGCAAGCUAUAAUAAAGCUGGUUUGGGUUAUCAACCAAAAAGACACACUUUACAUUUUAAAAGAAAUUUUAGCCCAAAUAUGACUUCUAGUAGACCUUUUGUUAAAUGUUUCUAUUGCAACAAAAAUGGUCAUACUUCAUAUAUUUGUAAUUUGAGAAAGAACCAAUAUUUAAAUAAUAGAUGGGAAGGAAUGUCAAAUGGCACUUUGCCUAAAACUAACUCUCAAGGACCCAAAAUGAUUUGGGUACCAAAAGCCAAAGUUUGA